GAGAACACGCACGUAGCUGUCAGUAGGAAAUGUAGGCGAUUGGUGUUGGAUGUACCCCUGCCGCUGUGCUUGGAUAAAUGAAACAAAGAAAGUCCUUUUUGUUACAGAAUGAGACCUGUUACUUAGGCGAUUGCUAGAAUUUGGCGGUUGCAGUAAGUCCGCAUGUCUAACCGAGGUAACGGGGGCAUUCAGCUAAGUGGCUAGGCUAACAGAAACAGAACACUAUCAGCGCUAAUGCUAAUAGUUACAUUAGGCUAAAAUAAGCUAACUUAGCUAGCUGAUAACUUAGCUAGCUAGAUCGGCGAUUGUGGGACGUUUGCUCCUCCAGGUCCUCGCCCCGUUCAGCGGUUCCUUGCCCGGUCUCGCUCUUUCGUGAUUUCAUUUCACGGAGGAGGUUGCGGAACCGGAGCUGUGGCGGGGGGACGUGUGGACAGGAACCCCCUGGCUAUCCAGGCGGACGGAUCACAGUGACACGCCGGCCGUGGGAGAGAUCAGAGUGGAACCAUGGCCGAACUCUCCACCUUAUCCCCAUCACCACCUGCACUGGGUGAUCCACAUGCAGCUCCCUCCAUCCCUCCAUCCUCAGCAGCACACCCUGCUCCCAACAGCCCUGCCCCCGAGUCUAUACCCAAGUCUGCCCUCUACAAUGACAAAGCUUUGACUGGAAACACUCUUGCAGCACAGUCAGGGGGUUCAGCCUUGACUCCCCACCCACCUCUGAGUCCUUCCAAAAUCACUGCUGAGACCCCCCUCCCAUCACUGGCACAUGAGGCUCCUCCACAGAGAGAAGAAUCAACAGGCAAAGAUGUAGAAACUGGAGCUCAUGUUGUUAAGCAGGAGGUGAUGUCCAAUGAUCCAGCUGCUGCACAGGUCCUGAAUACUGAACCAGAGAUUCCAGCAUUGUCGAAUGAGAGUGAAGUGCAGCCGGCAUCCCCCUCUCCCGAUCUCAACCCUGGUCCUAAUCUCUACCCCAAUGUGCAUGUCACCCACAACCCAACUCCUGUCAUGGAUGGUGGUCAGUUUACACCAGGCCAACCCCAAACCACUGAAGAUUCCAGUCCCACACCUGCUCCUGCAGCAUCCACCAAUACAGCAGCAUCGACAGCAGCUGAAGAGGAGAAACCUCAGCCGCUUCAACAAGCACAAAACCCUCAAAGUUUGCCUCCCCCUCUGUCCCCAAAGCCUGGUGCUCAGCCUCCCCCUCUGUCCCCAAAGCCUGGCGCUCCCAGCGAAGCAGGGAAAGCAGAACUGCCCAGCAGCCCCACCAGAGCUGAACACCCCAGCCCAACUGUCCCACUGAUCCACGAGCCAGCCUGUGCCCUCCCGCUGCACAACCCCAGCCCCCGCCCGGCCCCCGAUACCCUCAGUUACCUGGAGUCAGCCAGCCUCAUGUCGGGGACGUUGGAGUCUCUGUCUGGGCUGGGAGAGGAUGGGAGCUCUGUGGGCUCAGACUCAGAGAUCAACGGCCUGACUGUCAGACGCACCGAUAAAUAUGGCUUCCUAGGCGGGAGUCAGUACAGUGAAAGCGGUGAAAAAGAAAUCCGAGUUGAAGUUGCCAGACAGAGGGAGAUGAAGUGGAUUGAUAUGUUCAACAACUGGGAUAAGUGGAUCAAACAUCGCUUCCAGAAGGUGAAGUUGCGCUGCAGGAAGGGAAUUCCAUCCUCUCUCAGAGCCAAAGCCUGGCAGCUGCUGUCCAAUAGCCAAGAGCUCCUGGAAGCCAACAAAGGGAAAUUUGAGGAGCUGGAGAGAGAGCAGGGAGAGGCCAAAUGGCUGGACAUUAUAGAGAAGGAUCUCCACAGACAGUUCCCCUUUCAUGAGAUGUUUGCUGCUCGUGGUGGCCACGGGCAACAGGAUCUGUACCGGAUCCUGAAGGCCUACACUAUCUAUCGGCCUGAUGAAGGAUACUGCCAGGCCCAGGCUCCCGUGGCUGCAGUGCUGCUCAUGCAUAUGCCUGCUGAGCAAGCUUUUUGGUGCCUCGUCCAGAUAUGUGAGAAGUAUCUCCCUGGCUACUACAGUGCUGGGCUGGAAGCGAUCCAGCUGGACGGCGAGAUCUUCUUCUCCCUGUUACGGCGCACAUGUCCAAUGGCAUACCGUCACCUCAAGAAGUUCAAGAUUGACCCGAUUCUCUACAUGACAGAGUGGUUUAUGUGUAUCUUCUCACGCACCUUACCGUGGGCCUGUGUAUUGCGUGUAUGGGACAUGUUCUUCUGUGAAGGAGUGAAAAUAGUGUUUCGUGUUGGCCUGGUGCUACUGAAACAAAUGCUUGGCUCUGUGGACAAACUUCGAGAACUGCAGGGCAUGUAUGAAACCAUGGAGCGUCUGAGAAACAUUUCCCCCGACAGUAUCAGAGAGGACAUAUUGGUACAGGAGAUUAUUACGCUCCCAGUGACAGAGUCGCUCAUAGAGAGGGAGUGCGGCAUCCAGGUGAGGAAGUGGCGGGAGUCCAGAGGGGAGCUGACACACCAGCCGGGCCGCCGGCUCCAUGGUACGAGAGCCAUCUAUGAGUACAAACGACGCGCUGCUUCCAUCAGCUCGGGUGGCAGCUUCUCUUUCCUGGGAGCCCCGGUCCCCCCACCUGGACCACUCAGGGCCUCCUCCAGCCUCCUCUCGCUCCCAGGCUUCCGCAAGUCUAGGGUUCCCUUCCAGACCAAGAAGGGCUCCUUCUCAGGGCCGUCAGGAAUGGAGAGCCUGCCGCCUCAGUCGCCACCUGCAGUAACAUUGAGCCCAGGCCGAGGCCCCAGCCAUAAACCCCCCAUUCCCCCAGGAGCAGGUCAGAGGGCACCGGCUCCUCACGUUCAGAGCCCCUUAGUUGGGAGUGCGGCGGGUUCAUCACGCGGACCUGCUGAGCCCUCUGAAGGCACCUCAGCACAGGGCCAGCCUGCAGCUUCAGCCCCAGCACAAAGCACACCACCACCCCCCAGCACUCUCUCCCCCUCCCCUAAGAUCGUCUCUGAGCAAAUCACCCCUACUAUACCUUCUCCCACUGCAAAUAACGCCCCUCUGCCCCCAUGUCCAGAUUCAAAAAAAGAAGCAGCGCCAGUGGCUGACGCCACAGCUGGAGAGGAAGAAGGAAAGAAGAAGAAGAAAAGCAAAGAAGACAAGAAGAAGGAAAAGGAAGACGAGAAGAAAAAACUGAAGGAAAAGAAGGAAAAGGAGAAGGCUGAAAAAGAGAGGCUCAAGAGGGAGAAAGAGAGGCUAGAAAAAGAGAAGAAGAAAGGGGGAAAGAAAAAGGACAAAGGGGGAGGAGAGGCUGAAGACAAAAAUGGAGCUGCAGCAGCGAGAGAUUCGGCCUAGUUUUCCACCCGUCAUUCCAGGAUAAUGAAAAGGGACACUGAACAAAAAAAGAGGUCAGGGGAACAAAAGACCCCCAGAAACAGAAAGAGUGAUUAAUAUAAAAAAAAAAUGGGAUGGCUUCCUAAUGCAUCAUUUCAAAGACUUAAUGUAGUCCCAGGACUAUAGUGGAGAAAACUGGAUCAUGGUUUUAACAGCACCUCGGGGAGCUUUUUGCCCCUCGCUCAAUGCUUUCUUUUUCACCGAGUUUUAUUAAGAUGAGACAAAUUUCCUUUUUCAACUGGAGCACGGGCUGUGAAUCUGAAUAAUGUUUCAGAAGAUCAUGGUCAUCAUCUCUUUUAGUUUUUUUAAAUUCUUUUUUUUUUUUGUUUUUAUUAUUUUAAUCAGAUUGAUGGCAGUGGUUAGUGGUCAUCGAUUAAGGGUUGGUUGAAUGGAGCGUUUGCAGAAAUAGUUACGGUGCCAUAGAGUAUGUAAAUAAAAAAAUCUACCUACAGUACAUAGGAUGUUGUUAGCACUCCAUACGCCCGUCAGUUCUCAUCUGUGGACAGGUUAUCUGGGUGACUGGGAAAAAAAAAAAAACUAAGAAGUCAUUAAAAAUGCAGGCACUGAAGACAGAAUCGCUAGUAAUGUUGUUGAGGAUGUAUUUAUUGUCAUGUUAAAUGUUGUGAGUGAGUGUGUGCCUUAGUAGUAUAGUGCAAUGUGUUAGUGUUCUAUGUGUGGCCUCCCUGCUUUCAGUCUCCCUCUGCCUGCUUUUUUUCUCUCGAGUCAAACCAUCAUUGAAUUCUCUUUGUGGUUCUUCCCGAACCUUUACUUUCUCCUGUCACUGGAAUAAAUCUGACUGGUGACGCAGACAAAAAGAGGGAGAAAAUUAAAAGUACACCCAGACACCAUGUAGUGGUAGCUAUUUUUAAUAUUCUUCUGUGUGUGUGGGUUUUUUUUUUUUUUUUUUUUGUCUCUGACAAAACACACGGGGAGAUUUAUUGUUUUUAUUUCAGGCCCCAGUUUAAAUUUGUUGUGUCUGAGGUUGAUUUUGCAAAAAGCAGGCGCAACAUUAUCAAUAAACUGGUCAUGUGAAAACAUGUAAGCAGUGACUAUACACGUCCUGCAGAACAAAUGUCCAUCUGUAAAAUUAGUAUUAUUCUGCUUUCAAUGAACAAAAUCAUAUAUGCAUUUAUUUAGCCAAAUUUCAGUAUGGGUAAGAACUUAUUUAGUUCACUAACCCAUUAGAAUGUGAUUUCAAGUAUCUUAAGAGAAUGAAGGAUGAUUUUUGCACUUGUGAUUUUGUCACAAAGCACCACUGAAGUCGCCCACUCCGUUAGUGUAGUGACGUAGAACACGAGAGUCUCAACAGGCCGGUUUCACAGUUGUGAAAUCUGUGCCUUGAGGACUUAUAGGAAGCCACUUGACUGGAGGUGCCAGGUGUGCCAAUGUAGCAUUAACCUCUGAUCUCUGAUGUAUUUAUGUACAAAGUGGUUAAUUUAAUCAAAUAUAGUAUAUUAUGAAUUAUUAUUAUUAUUUUGGAUCUGAGUAUUUUUCUAUGUGCGUGAGAGACACCUGGCUGACUGGAACGAUGGCCGACUACACAGUGUAGUUGCAGGGGGAUCAUUUAAAGUGUUUAUUUUUUGAUUUUUUUUUCUUUUCUUUGCACGUUAAAUCCUUUAAAUUUUACACAACAAACUCGUUGCAUGUUUUUUUUUUUUGCUGUUGGUUAAGUUUACUGUCAUUGUUGGUUUGGUCAACUUAGGUUCAUGAGUCUCCAGUUUACUGAAGUGCAGUAUUAAACAGACGAGUGGAAAAAUGGGCCUCCAGCAGAACAAACAGAGAGACGAGUGAUACAGACAGAACAUUUGGGAGUUGAAGGUCUUAAUUGUACUGUAUAAUAUACUAAGAGAUGAUUUUUGAGCUUUGAAUAGUUCUUUAAUUUGAGAUCUUAAGAAUAUCUGUCUCACCGAGUUGUGUUGUAACAUUCAUAAUGACUUAUGGACUAACUCCCUAACCUAUUUACACUCAGUGUCCUGUACUGUAACAUAUUUAUGCAUACAUUAAAUGGCACUGAACUCCAUCAGUAUAUGAUGAAUAGUGCCAGGUAGUUAGUGUAAAACCAUUUGAUGGCAAAAAAAAAAACAUUGAUGCUCUUUAACUGUACUGUUUUCGUAGUUAAGGAUUAGAGGGACUUUCGUGUAAUUGUAGCCAACAUGUCCUCCAUACUCACUGUUUUUCACUUAUUUCAGGUCUUUACAUGGCUGUCAAUUAAAUAUAUAAAUAUCACACACUCCCUCCCUUCUCUAUUUUGAUGCCAGUGCAUUUAUAGGCACAGAUUAGUGUAGUAUUAGUGAGGAUAACCUGAACACAUCUAUGCAAACCUUCCUCCAUCAUGACUGUUGAUAGUGUGUGGUGACAGCAGCACUGAUUUCACCUCUGAUUGUGAUGAUCAGAUGGGUGCCAUGGAAAAACGAACUUUGUGCUUCAGUAGGUGUUUUUUUUUCCUCUCUCUCUCUCUCUCUCUCUCUCUCUGAGCACGCUUUCAGGCCCGUGGACUACAAUAUUUUAUGAGCAAUACGUCCUCGCAGCUCAUGUCUUGAUGACGAUGACGCCAUUUCUCUUUGUUCAGAGGGCUUGAGAUGUCGUGAUGAUCAAAUUAAGCUCCGCAAUAUUGAGGACGAAUCGAGAAAUCUGUUUCUGUCAGGACCGUUUGUGUAUUUCUGCAUUGAUCCUGAAAUCAUUGUUCUUGAUUACAUUCGAUUGGGAAUGACCCUACUGAUGCAAAUACUUAAAGAAGCAUUUUCAGCCAUUAUUCUCCCCAGGCCGUUACGUCUGUUGUGUUUUUAAGUUUACAUGCCACUCUCUCUGGUUGAAAGUGAAAUAAAAUCAUAGCUAAUUGAAUUCAUUCCUUCAGAUCUACAACUGAUGUAUUUAAUUGAUGAUGAUAAUGACAUUUGUGAUGAGUAAUAAACCAUAAUAUAUUAAAUCAUCAUACUGUUUUUGGCUUUGUUGAUGCAGUCGAUGCCCUGUUUGCGUAUGACUUAUUCUGAUGAAGAAUUUCAGCCUUGAGAUCAGGUUGUGUGACAGUUUAUCUUAAGACUGCUGAUUAUGUUCUUGGAAACCUUAUGGAUUCUGGGUUGGAUUGAAAUAACCAGCAUUUAUUUUUAACCCUGGAAAGUCAGCUGCCACUACUAUAAUAGAGGUGGUUUGGUCUUUAAUGUGCUGUUAAUGCAGAAAUAUACAGAAGGUGCUGAUCUGUAAGGAUUAGAUGUGACUUUCAGGCUCCGGUCUGCACAUGCAGUUAUAAAGAAGCUCCACUAGAUGUCACUAGAUGUGUAUUCAUGAGGGAUUUUUGCUAUUCAUUGGACUUGCUCGCUCCCUCAAACCCUGUCCCACAGAGCCACUGAACAGACACACUAUUGUACAAAAGGAAAGAGAUUUUAUUCACAGUUUGUCCCUUUUAUUCGUUACAGAGGAAAGGCGAGGAAGAGUCCAGUCACUGAAGUCGAGACAGCUUAUGGAAAAAAAGGUGAUUUAAUAGUUGCAAGAAGGAGCGGAGAGAAAGAAAUCGAAGAUUUGAAUGUUUUCUUUCGGC